AUGAUUGAGAAACUGCCUUUACUCUCCCGACUACUGUACUCAGAAAUCCAUGGGCUGGUGCCCAUGGUGUCUAUCUGGAACUUGGUUAUCACACACGUUCAGAGCAACCCGUCCUCCAGCCUGAAAGGCAGCGAAAGGGAGGAGCCGGGAUACUCCCGGUUAGCCGCGUUUCUAAGGGGCCGCCACCGCCGCCGCGCCUCCACCGGCGACCGCGCCCCCGAUCCCUGUUCCCCGGCCCGGGACGGAGCGGCCGGCGCUCGGCACAGAGCCUGGGCCGCCCAGCCCCAGCCGCCUCCCGGGGCGCUGGGUGUGGCCCCCCGCUCGGCGCCGACGCGGGCUGGCCGCGCGGACCGGACGCGGAGGUCGCCGUCCUUCCUUUCUCGGGCCGGCGCGGGCGAGCUAGCCGGCUGGCGGGAGGAGGUGCCGGGUGCGGCGCACAUUCGCGCGCCCGGGGCGAGCGUGUGGCCGCCGCGCUCCGACGUGGACCCGCCCGCCCCGGAUCUGAAUCGGCCGCGGUCCCUCGCCUGCCCUCCCCCGCGCAAGAGUCCCCUUCCACCCGCCUGGCGGACGGAGACCCACCCCCUCCCGCCGCCCUCCCGCUCGGAGCCGCCUCCGCCGGCAGCGUCUCGCCCUCGAUCGCCGCCCGGCCCGGGGGCCGCGGGUCCGGGGAAACCCGCGUCCCUUGGGCGCCAGGCGGGAGCAGGAUGCGGCGACCCCCGGUGCCGGCAAAGUCGCCGCAGUUGCCCGCGGCGUGACAGGAGUAGAUACCGAGCGACCCGGCCGCGGGACGAAGCGGUCGCGCUGCCGCGUUUGGGGGGGCGGACCCGGAGUCGGCCGACAGCGGCCCGAGCCCAAGACAUUGGUGGCUCCGGAGAUACGGAGGGUCUUCCCGCUCUCUCCACACGCUCGACUUUUCCGAGUCUUGGAAGAUCGGCCCCGCUCUCCCACUCUGUUCGGCGGUUAAUACUUACUGCAGACGUAGGAGGUGAAGGGCUGGGACUUUACCUGGACGGGGAUGCGACUGAAACCUCCCAUCUUCUCAACUGGAGGUUUCCACCUCUUGGGGGUUUGGUGUGUGUGUUUGUGAACUUCCUGAGCCUUCAAUUCCCAGCAGUCCGGGUUUUAGCAGAUGCCAAGGUUUUGGAGACCUGACAUAGAUAAAGCAGAUGUGCAAUAUGGCAGGGAAAAGAAGGGACAGGAAGUCAGAAAUUGCUUCAUUCUGGAAAAGAAAAAAAAGAAUAUUUAAGUAACAAAUACAGUGACUUUGAAAGAUACUCUGAAAGUGAAGUCUACAGUUGCCUUCUGGAUAAAGUAUUUGAUUGGCCUUAUAAAAUUGUAUCACCCAGAAAGCAGUGUGUUGUAUGGGUGGGGGCAGUUUUUAUCAAGUAAUUGUAGUGUUUUAAAAAAAAAAUCUGUGUAUGAAAAUAUUUGUUGGAGCUCGAAGUGGGAAAAAAUCAACUUUGGGAAUGAUUUUCUAUUUGGACAAGGCAAAUACUGCUGCAGUCUCUAAUUAGAGUUUUGGAUUAAACUCAGGCUUUGUUAAAAUCUAUUUUAUGGGGCAGCAGAACAAAAAAUAUGUCCGAUUCUUUGUGUGGCUUUAAAAAUACACACACACACACACACACACACACACACACACACACACACACACACAGGACUAGCUCCAAAGGCUAAUUUGCAUAAAAAUACAAUCACUUGAAUGCAGGGAAUAUUUAAGAGGAUAGUGAAAAAAACUCAACAUCUGGGGAAGGAGUAUAUUAAUUGGAAAUUUUCUUUCUUUCUUUAAUCCUUGCCUCUGAAAAUAUUAAAUAAUUUUCUAGGAAUCAACUUAGUUUAAAGUACGUACUUAGGGAAAAUGAUCAAGAUUCCUUUUGUAUUCAUUUUGUUUUAGGGAGCCUCCUAAUGAAAGCCUUCAAUUGACUGUUUCUGUGCUUGCACUGAUUUUCAAGUGGCCUUUGUGGGGAUAGGUGUCUGUGGGCUUGUGAGGCUGCUUGGCCAACCUCUGUAAUCAUCAGGAAAAGAAAAUGCUUAGCCCACACCAUUUCAGUCUUUGAUGCGCUGCCAAUAGGAAGCAUCUCAAAGACCUGCUUUGCCGUGCAAAUGGAAAUACUUUCCAUCAGAAGUUAAGCUUUAGAAAUGUUUCAUUUUUGGUUCUAAGUUUUAUCAGUUUCUCAGCCUCUGAUCAUAGAGUUGUGCUGUUGUUAUCAGUGAACAUUCGUUUAUGGCUUUUGUGUUGAAGGCACCUAGGUGGUCUUCAUCCUGUUUACCUUUACACAGCUUUAAUCAGUGUCUCAUGAGGCAGGACAAGAACUUUUGGUUACAGUUUGAUAAAUGGAAGAAGUUGAGGUUGCUCAUGGUAAGAUCUAAGCUGCUACCACCUGUCUUGCCGUAUGAUUAGAGUGGAGUGGGUUUUGUAUUAGACAGAUACUGCUUACUCACUGCUCCCUUGUGCUUCUUUCUCAGUCAUCUUCUGUAGACCCUUUACUGUUAUUUGACUGUGAUAAUUGAAUCAGAUGGCUGUUAUAAUUUUUGUACACAGAACAGUUGCUUUCACAAGCAUGACAUAGGACAUGAAUGAGGGCAGAUACAUAAUAUGGGCAGAUUUAAGUGAUGGAAUCUGUUUAUUGAUCUCUGAAUGAUCGUGCAUAAUUCAGCCAAUCAGUUCAUUCCAUCACUGUUCUGUCUUAGAGUGUAAUCACACAAUUAAAAUGUGAUUUUCACGAUACAGUUAAAACCCCAGUACACAUAAUUAUAGAAGAAAAACAAACCUUUUUUUUUUCUUCCAUUUUUUUGAAGUAGUCUGCUAUAAAGGUGUUAUUUCCUUGACACAUCAAAAUGGCUAAUUUAGAGUUGUGAUGCUUGUUAUGUAAACAGGCCAUAUGUUGAAUUUCUAUAGAAGUUUAUUUGUUCAGUGUUGUGAUAAUGGAUAGGAUCCCUUAAGUACCAUAGCUAAGAAAAAUAGUCUGUGAGGAUGCAUUUCUCUCUACUAUUUAUAUCCUUCCCAUUAUUUUUGUUUAACAGCUAGAGUUUUUAUUUUCUAAUAAAAAUAUUCUUAAAUGUGAUGGUGUUAUUUAUCCUUAUACAUACAAAUCUUUCUCUCUGGGCCUGACACAAACUCUAUUCUCAUUUAUGCACCUGUUUAAUAGUUUUCAUGGUUGAUGUCCUGUUGUUAGGCCAAUGGCUGCAUGCCUAUCAACUUUUUAUAUCCUCUGCUAAACCUCUUCCUUUCACACUGAAAAGACUUUUCUUUCCUUCAUACUGUUAGCGUUCUCUUCAUCACCCAGACUGGAGACCUAGGAACCUCCCUGACUCUUCUCUCUCUCGUUCAUUCCAUUAGUAAAAUCGGGCACCAAGUCCUGUUAACUCUUCCUUUGUAAGAGUUUUUCCGAGCCAGCUCCCACAUUUCCUUGGCAUUCCUCACUCCCCACACCCCGAUAGCCCAGGCCCUCGGCCAUCCCUAUUCUAGGAUGGUUAUAAUCUGCUACAUCCCGUCUCUCUGUAAUCGAGUUCUCCCCAUGCUUCGCACUUCAUCAUAUCAACCUUCCUAAAGCCUCUUCUCCUUAGAAUACUUAAACAAGGAUUGUCUCACAGGAAGUCUGAGUUGAACUCAGAUUUGUCUGAUUCCAAAGCUAGUGCUCUUUCCACUAGUUCAAAUUCUUUUUAUGCCCCCUCCCCCUCCCACCACCUUUGGUCCAACGUCUCAACCUGGUUUUAUUAUUUUUAAAAAUUAAUUAAUUUAUUUAUUUUUGGCUGUGUUGGGUCUUCGUUGCUGCGUGUGGGCUUUCUCUCGUUGCAGUGAGCGUGGGCUACUCUUCAUUGCGGUGUGCGGGCUUCUCAUUGUCGUGGCUUCUCUUGUUGCAGAGCACGGGCUCUAGGCGCGCAGGCUUCAGUAGUUGUGGCACGUGGGCUCAGUAGUUGUGGCUUGCAGCCUCUAGCGCACAGGCUCAGUAGUUGUGGUGGCGGGCUUAGUUGCUCUGCGGCAUGUGGGAUCUUCCUGGGCCAGGGCUCGAACCUGUGUCCCCU